AUGGACUCAUCAUCUACGCGUCAGGACUACAUUCUUCCAGAUACACCUCCUCAACAAGACACUUCCUUCCCAUCUUACUGGGCAGCUCAAGCUGCACAGAAGAAGAAGCUUCCAUCUGCCAAUAUCAGUGCUGCUCCCGCUGCUGCUGCUGCUGCUGCAUCUGACUCCGAGGACUCACCGCUGAAGAGACGUGGGGUCUUUGUGGAGAGAGGGAUGAGCAGUGAGGAAUUCAUUGUACCGGACACACCACCAUCUCAUCUGGGAUGGGCACCGAGGCGUGUACCACUCACAACAAUUUCCACCAACAAGCAACAGGGGAAGAGAAAGCUGCACUUUCUGGAGGAGGAGGAUGAGGAGGAAACCAACUUUGUACCCUCGAAGAAACGCAUGUGUGAGAACUCCUCCAUGGCUCUGCUACUAGAGGAGGCGGCAGCACGGGAUGAUGAUGAUGAUGAUGACUUUAUUGCACUCAUCAAUAGGCCAUCACCAAAACCAUGGAUGCCUCUCCGCAAGCUGGCAGAAGAUCUCCCACAUAGUAUCAUCUCU